CACAUUUCAAAUUCAAAUACAUGAUGAAUCUAGCAGAAUAUACAAAUAAUGAAGAAACAGAAACAAAUUAAUAAAUAACUUUGAAAUUACCCUUAUUUAGGAACUAACAUUGUUUGGGUUCUAAUUAUUAGAGCCAAGAAAAGUCGUAAAUUCUAAUUUUUAUAACUAGACACUUACCAAUUUGGUCUGGGAUAUUCCUAUUGGGAGGAUUACGAUUAGAGGCAAAAUAUCGGUCGUCCAAGUCGUCGUCGGAUAUCUCCCCCUCUGAAAUGUAGUCACUGGAUUGGCCGAGACCCAUAUUUAAAAAAAAUACUGGUUCUUUUCGGGGAAGUACCGCAGAAAUUCUAUAGAAAUCGAACCAGCAAAAACUAAACAAAGAAAAUAAAAACAAAUUAAGGUUAGGGUCAGUCGGAGACGCUUUUAUCUUCUUUUUUUGUGUGUAAAUGCGGAAGGGAAUGUAUUUCUAUCUGUUUCUUUAACAGGUUGAGAGAGAGAGAUAGAAUUACAAUCAGUGACCCAUGGCUACAGUCACACUAAUACCAUGGCCGUGGUGGUGAUACCACUGUACUAGUGAUACCGAUACCUAGUCCCUUCGAGGACGUAUCGAUGAAUCGUAUCGAUAAUCCCUUCCCGUGUUUCUUCAUUGUCGAUAUGAUUGUCAAAUUGACAAAUCAAAUGUCACUUUAUUAAUACCCUUGUUUAUAGUUUAUAAGCCAAAAAUCUCAAAGAAAAAUGUGUUUAAUUUUAGUUGAACUUUUAGUUAUUUGAUAAACAACUGAAGCAGCCCAAAACCGAUCCAUGAUCCACAUUAGAAAAUAUCUCCAAAAAUGGUAGCCUUCGUUUUCAUCCUGGUACUGUUUGUCAAUCAUUGUGCCUGUGUACAUUAUGGAACCACCCGAAUUAGCGAUGCAGAAGACGUUAUACCGUCUCACGAUAGAUGCCAAUCGAUCACGAUACCAUUUUGCAGCGGAAUUGCUUAUAACAAAACGAUAAUGCCGAAUUUGCUGGGUCACAAUACCCAGGAGGAAGCGGGCUUAGAGGUGCACCAGUACUUCCCUCUGGUCAAAAUCAAUUGCAGUCCUGAUUUGCAAUUCUUUUUGUGUUCGGUGUUUGCUCCUGUUUGUACGAUUUUGGAUCAUCCGUUGCCCCCGUGCAGGUCUCUGUGUUUAUCAGCCAAAGAAGGGUGUGAAGGUAUUAUGGAAAAGUUUGGGUUCCACUGGCCAGAAUCUUUGAAUUGCGACAGUUAUCCUGAUAAUACUGUAGCUGAGGAGCUUUGCGUAGGUCAAAAUAAGUUGUCUGUGCCUCCAAACACACAAACAACUAGUGUGGUAAGCAAAAAUCCUCAUAUCAAUCAGUUUGAUUAUCCUCCUAGGAGCAAAAAUUUUGGAUUUGUUUGUCCAGAACAAUUUAAAGUUCCUCCCAGGUUGGAGUAUCAUUUCAAAGUGGGUGAUAAAGUAGAAAAGAAUUGUGGCGCCCCAUGUCAAAUGAUGUUCUUCAAUGAAACCAAACGACAAUUUUCCAAGGUGUGGGUAGGAAUUUGGGCUAUUUUAUGCUUAUUCAGCUGCCUCUUCACAGUUUGUACAUUUCUAAUCGAUACUGACAGGUUCAGGUAUCCUGAACGCCCAAUUAUUUUCCUAUCAGUUUGUUACUUUAUGGUAGCCUGUGCCUAUUUAAUAGGAUUUUCAGUAGGAGACUCGAUAGCCUGUCAAAAACCUUUUCCAUCCAAACACGGUAAUGUUACAGUGAGCACCAUCACCCAAGGAACCAAGUACGAACCUUGCACAAUUAUAUUUAUGAUUUUGUACUUCUUCAGUAUGGCUUCAAGCAUUUGGUGGGUUGUUUUAACUCUGACGUGGUUCCUGGCUGCUGGUUUGAAAUGGGGACAUGAAGCAAUUGAGGCCAACUCUCAGUAUUUUCAUUUGGCUGCUUGGGCUAUUCCCGCUAUUAAAACCAUUAUUAUAUUGACAUUUGGAAAAGUAGAAGGUGAUGUUCUUAGUGGAGUUUGUUACGUUGGUAUUUGGAAUGUAGAGUCAAUGAGAUACUUUGUCCUUUUUCCUCUGGUUGUGUAUUUGAUUUUUGGGACGAUUUUCCUCACCAGCGGAUUUGUUUCAUUGUUCAAAAUACGUACUGUGAUGAAGCAUGAAGGAACCAAAACUGAAAAACUGGAAAAGCUCAUGAUCAGAAUUGGAAUAUUUUCUGUUCUUUAUACCUUACCUGCACUAAUUGUGAUUGGAUGUCUGUUUUAUGAAAAUUCUUAUUAUGAUGACUGGAUGAAAACCUGGUGGUCUGAUAUUUGCCAUAAUACUAAAUAUUCUGUGCCUUGUCCUAUAUCAGGUAGCAAACAAAUCAAAUCCUAUCCAUACUUUGAAGCAUUCAUGCUCAAAUAUCUUAUGACGAUGAUUGUUGGAAUCACAUCGAGCGUGUGGAUUUGGUCAGGUUUUGGUAAAACUGUACACAGUUGGCGCGUAUUUUUCAACAGCUUGAAAAGGAGACGCGUGGAAGCUUACGUUUAAAAAAUUUGACUGGACUAUUUAUAAUUGUAACGCAUCUUGAGCCAGUUUGAAAGUGAAAUUCAAAUGUUUAUUCUGGAAAUAUUUUACUGUCCAGAUUCAGAAAAUAAUAAUGUUUUGCACUUGUUGUUUUCACACUGGCCAACUAAGGGGCCCUUGGAAUUGCAAUAAAUUUUAUCGUCAAAGGAUUGACAAUAUUCACUUUUAAAAAAGUAAUUUUAGUAGCAACUGUACUGGACGAAAAAUCGAACCAUAUGAAUGACAAUCUAGGGGCCCCCUUUCAUUGCAAUCCAAGAUUAUUUGUGAACUGUUUUUAAUCAUGGCUCAAUGUAUUAAUUUUUAAUUCUUUUUACCAAUGAAUAAUUGCCAUUAAUUUCAUGCGAAUUAGUUUAGUUUUAAUUAUGUGUACCCUAACUUAUUUGUUUUUGAGCAGCUACAGCUUUUGCACGAAUUAUUCCCUCCUGUCUUAUAGUUAAUUCUUGUUCUGUGAUUUUUUAUUAAAUCUUCAGUAUUUUAAAGCGCACAAAAGCUCAUAAGAGUCAAUUAAGGCUGAAUACAUAGCACAAUUAAUUGACGUAAGUUUUACCUAUAGGAGGCAAAUUUUAAUAUUAUGGAAUUUGAAAUUUUAUAGUGUUUUUAUGGCUUUUGCAAUAAGAAAAUGUAUUUUUUGUACCGUUAUAUCUAAUGUUAGUAUUAAACUACUAAGGUCUGCUACGAACAAGGGCGAUUAGCAAUAUUUUUCACUAGCAGAAACAAAAUUGCUUAGUCUGAAGUGGCCCUAAUGGAAUUUGAUAAGUACAAUAUUUUUGUUGAUGGGAUUUUUUCUCUAAAUAGCAAAACAGUAUCUACCUAUAUCAUUCUUUUUUUUUUAAUUUAUUUUUAUUAUUGUACUUUUGUCUGAAAUUUAUAAACUAUCUAUAAUGUCAAAUUGUAUUGUACCCUUUUAAUGUGCAUAAUAUUAGAUUUAAGUAUCCCUUUUGUAAAUAAAUAAGUGUAAAUAUUCCUAUAUAUGACUAACUCGAAGUUGACUGAUUUUUUUUAAUUAACAUAAUUUACAUAGUUUAGGAUUUUGAAUACUCUUAUAUUAAUAAUUGUUAAAAGAAUUUUGCUCUAAGGCAUAUAUUUUGUUUUUUUUUUUUCAAAAAUAUAGUAGGUAUCUACCAGUUUUUAAUAAUAUUAUUAUUAAUAUUUAAAAAAAAAUGUUUGCAAAUGUUUACAGAGUAACUAACAAUUAUCAUGUUAUGUGCAAAAUAUGUAUGUAUAUUUGCUUAAUGAUUAUUCUAAGUAAAAAAUCUUUAUAGUGCAAAAAAAUAAUGCCUUAAAUAAUAUUGGAAUUAUACUUUUGUAUAAACGAAUCAAUAAAUGUUUAAAAAGGAAUGAACCUAAAAUAAUUUUUUUCUACUGACGUUUAAUAAUACACCUAAAAUCUGUUUCAUAAUGAACAUCAUUAUGAUAAAGAUUUUUUAGCCACUAUAAUCGAGUAUUUUGAACAUGAACAAUGUUUAUAUAAAAAUAACAGACUUGCUUUUGAAUUUUAGAUUGUUUCUAUUAGUA